AUGUCUUCCUCCCUCGUCGCACAGCAAUCUCUCGCCGCCCUUUCCUUCAGCACAGCAACGAAGGGCGCCUCUCUCUCCGCCAAUCGCGUAGCAGUAGCUCCCAUCGCCGCUCCCCGCGGUCUCUGCGUGACAGCCCUCAUCGGCUUCAACAAGGCCGCCGUCCCCACUAAGACCGCCCCAGUAAAGAAGCAACUGCGCACCGAAGACGGCAUCUUCGGCACAUCCGGCAGCUUCGGCUUCACGAAAGCCAACGAGCUCUUCGUGGGGCGCGUGGCGAUGCUCGGAUUCACCGCGUCGCUGCUGGGCGAGGCGCCGAGCCACUUCUGCUCUUCUUCAUCGCAUUCACCGUGCUCGGCGCCAUCGGCGGGCUGGGCGACCCGCGGGCGAUUCGUGGACGACGAGGCGCCGGCGGGUCCGCCGAUGAAGCCGGGGAGUGUGAAGGCGGCGCUGGGGUUGAGCGAGGAGGGGCCGCUAUUCGGGUUUACCAAGGCAAACGAGCUGUUCGUGGGGCGCAUGGCGCAACUGAGGCUCGCGGCGAGCCUGGUGGGCGAGGUGAUCACCGGGCGAGGCGCGCUGGCGCAGCUGAAUAUCGAGACUGGCUUGCCCGUGUGGGAGCUGGAGCCGCUGCUGCUCGUCAGUAUCGCCUUCUUCUUCAUCGCCGCUAUCAACCCCGAGAAGGAUAUGGCAAGGGAGGAAGGGCCCACUGCACCUAAUGAGGUGGUGAACAAUGCUGCUGAGAUUGACCUCAAUCAAGAUGAGGCAAUGGCUGACAUUGAGUUGGAUGAUAUUGAGGACUUGGACCUGGACCUUGGAGAUGAGCAUAACCAUGGUGAAGCUGAGAACCAUGAUGAAGCUGAGCACCAUGGUGAAGCUGAGAACCAUGGUGGCGCUGACAACCUUGGGGAAGAGGAUAACACCAGUGGAAAGGAGGCCACUGGUGAUGAAAAUGACUUCACUGAGGGUGAAGGCACGACUUAUCCUAUCUCCGAGGAGAUUGUCCAACUCCAGGCUAAGGCUCGCGUCGCUGCAGCUACUCAGGCAUUGGACGAGGUGGCCCGCAGGGCCGUGUACGGUGCUAAGAAGCAGGCACAUGGACCAUUUGAAUGGCCGGAGUUCUGCACCGCGCUGAAAGAGGCAUUCAUGGUCAAAAAGUCCGACCUGGAACUGCGCGGACGCCUCGAGCGUAUCAAGUGUUAUGACCGUUCUGUGCAGGAAUAUGCGGUCGAGUUUGAGGCCGCAGCACGCUUGCUCCAAAAGCCCUUGGCUGAGGAGGAGAUGAUGCACAUCUUCAUGAAGGGCCUCCCUGUCAACCUGCAGCAGGCACACAUGACCGGCGGCAUGACCAAUUGGACGACUUACAAGGAGAUGAAGGAGGAGGUGAUCAAAACCGACAACAUCAUUCGCACGUACAUUUUUGGCCCUGAAAAGACAAGCCUGCAGCCCCGUGCUGAGGGCUCUGGUGGUCAUGGGAACCGGCCCCAGAGUGCGAAGGGUGGUAGCGGUUGGAACAAAAGGCCUUUCCAGCAGCGUGAUCACCAGCCUGGCCCACAGGCCAAGAGGCCUAACGGAGGGGGAGGUCAUAGACCUAACAAGCCGGACUUCUCCGACAAGCAGUGCAGAGGCUUGUGGAAGGAUGGGGCACGUCAUAUAAAGCAAUGCCGUGAUAAGAAUGCUAUCAAGUAUUCUGGGAAGCCUAAGCCAGGCGGAGCUAGACCUUCUAGAAAGAAGGAUUUUCAUAAGCCCAACUAG